AUGCGUAAAUACAUGAGCAAACGGCAAAGACCAUGCGACUUCUGCCGUUCUCGCAAAACAGCAUGCCGGAUCGAAUCCUCACCUCCAUGUCGGUUAUGCCAGCAAUACGGGAGAGAAUGCACCUUUGUAGAGGCUGCGAGGCCUCGGAAAAGGCAGCAGACAGCCGAGACGAGCCCUGGAUAUCAUGAUGCAAGCAACGAACAUGGUUCCUCUAACGAAGUUAUCGAGGAGCCUAUCACGCCGUUCAACCCUGAAGAUAUCUCACCAGCAGAAUCAAGCACAUUUCCCGACAUCAACAUGGACUUCCUUCAAGAUCUUGAUAUGGACGGUCCUGAAUAUCAGUUCAUGUUUCAAACACCAGAUAAUGACCCUCCACCAACCACGGCUGAGUCGACAGAUGACCAAUAUGGAAAGAUACAUCCCCUUCUGGAUGGCCAUGAAAAUCUUCACCCCGAAACCCUCGGCUUGAGUGGAGAUAUGGAUCCUUAUCUCCUCCAGCGAUAUCAGUCAGAUGAACAUGGCACGUUCAAGUUCAAGCAGCUUGCGAUACGAUCAGUGAACAACAGCACGCCAGUUCAGUUUCUCAUUUCGCAGCCAUCCUUGUUUACUCAAAGUAGGAGAGAGAAUGGACAUACUGGCGCGUCGAUAUCAUCACAACGAAUGGAGCUUGAAAAAGCCAUUUCGCAAACUAUGGGCAGGAGGUUGAUUAGUCUUUACAAAAGAUUCAUCGCACCGCAUUACCCAAUAUUCUCAACAGAGUCUCCUCCAGAUCCCCCCACGAGUGAACCUUGUUUGUUGGCAGCUAUAUACUCAAUCGCUCUCCCCUUCGCCAUGUACGACGACCAACUCUGCAUUGACAUGGCCUAUGACUCACCCGAUGCUGAAGACCUAGCACGUCUGAUCAACACUUCAGUCGCUUUCGAUAUGCAUUCACCAAGUAUUUCAACCGUUCAAACUCUAUUCCUGCUCAUCGUUCGACCAUCUGCAAACCCACUUGUGUCAGAUGCAUCGUAUCGAUGGACAACAAUGGGAACGCUAGUUUCAGCAGCUACAAACAUUGGGCUGCACCUUGAUCCCUCCCUUUGGAAUAUUCCAUCGGCUCAAAUAGCUGUGAGACGAAGACUGUCAUUUUUUAUCUUCGCGAUGGACAAGUGGCUAGCAGCUGCUUUGGGGAGGCCACCGCAUAUCAACCGCAAGAAUUGGCUUAUAGACGAGCUGUCGACUCAAGAUGAGCAUGCUUCUGGCCUCGAUGCGCUGCAAUGGGCUGCUGCAAUGGUCUUUUCAGGCCUAACAUCCUCCUUAGCCUCUACUCUCGAUCAUCUGUAUCUUACUCAGCGGCCAGAAGACAUGAAAGCAACCGUUCUUGAGCUCUCCAAGACUUUGGAACACAGAAAGACCAACGAAGCAAUGCCAGCAGACUCAAGCAAUGACAGGUCGAUGCCUGGAAUGGCUAUUAAGCUCGGCUACUAUUACACACAACUACUGAUACUGCGCGCUGCCGUGCACGCCCAAAGUUCUCACCCUUUAACAACCACCAAUUCGGACCAAUGGUCUCCACGCGAGAGCCUGAAGACAGUUCUCGAACAAUAUUCUGACUUUCUCAAAACUCUCAAAAGCGACGAAACAGCAGAGCACUGGCCGCCUUGGUGCCAAAGUGCAUUCUCGUCUCUCUGCUUCGCAAUGUUGUUCAUGCUUGUCUCAGCCACUACCUACGAAGAAGCGCUUUCAUCGAUGAAGCUUCUUCAAGCGACGCGGAAGCAGAUGCGUCUCAAAGCCAAUGCCUUUGUUGUUAUCCGAUUGGGCCUACUGAGGAUGGAUGCCAUCUUUUGGCGAGGGGUCGACCAAGUCCUCAGAUUGGAACCGCACGUGAAGCUUGCGCUGGACGCGUCAAAGCAGGCAACAUAA